AUGUCUGCUGCUGCAUCGGAUCCCGAAUACGACCCGAUAAUAGAGGACUUGAAGAAAAUUGUGCCGCUGAACGCGCCGUCAAGCCUAGGUUUCGAAGCAGACAUGGAAAUCCCAAGCAUAAAAGAUUACUCUCUACGGCUUGCAAGCACACUAGAGCUUCUUCUAGAGGAGACGUCGGAUGACUCUCGAAUGCAGUACGAGGUGGAAGUGAAAGACAUGACUGUUCAGGUGCCGGUCCUGCUGGCAGAACAGAGCACCCGAAAGUAUCCCGACGACUAUCUCUCGCGCAUCUUGAUCGACUGCUACCAACCACUAAUGAAGCUCUCCACGCUGUAUUUUAAUCUUGCUUUCUCUUCGCACAUCACAAAGUUUCUUGUCAAUGUCGUCUACAGCUUGGAGUGCUGGGAAAUCUACCAUCUUUUGCAAAUGAUCCCGAGCUUCUCGUACUUUUUGAAACUUGUGGACAUUGGUGUCACAGAAACGCCCUUGGGCAACAUUGUGUCGCCGCCUCAGAAUCUUAUGCGUUUUAAUUUGCGCCAGGGCUUCCAGUACCCGUUCCCAUACCCAGCUUAUCAUUUCUCCUACCACACCAUCGACCCCCACGUAUCAGCGAGAAAAUAUGCCCGUGUCCAAAUUAAACCAUACAUAGAUCUCCGGUUGAAAAAGACGAAGCCACAGGUAGCAAAGCCGCUUCGAAAAAACCCCCAGCCAUAUCGAAGCUCGACUGAUGGAGAUGAAUCGUCGGAAUCUCGUGUUACGGUGUCUCCUGUAAAGCAGGCUAGCCACACGAGUGAGGCGGAUUUUGCAAGACAUCACAAGGUUUAUAUAUUUAUGCGUUCUUCCCCCAAGCAGAUCGAGGAGGAGUCGCUCAAUCUUGGGAAGGAUGAAGAAGAUGACGACGAAGAGUACGACAGCGAGUCGGCACUAGCUCAGGACAAAGAGGAUUUGGAAAAAAUGGAUCCUCACACCAGAGCUGAAGGAAAGUACGUGUUUGUACCUUCGUCAUACGAGGAAAGGUUGCAGAAUGACCAAAGGACAAAAGCAAGAUUGGCUACGGUGCACCAGUGUCGACUUCUAGAUCCAGGAACAAAUCGACCAUGCCUAAAGAUAUUCUACGGGAGAAACGAGCUCCGGCGCCACAAAGAGUUUGUUCAUGCUACGAACAGGAAGCUAUACCGGUGUGUCUUUUGCGAGAAAGAAGGUAACAAUGACCGGUUCUAUCCGCGGCACGAUUCCUUGGCCCGCCACAUCAGAAGGCAGCAUGGCAUCACAGGACGAGAAAACAAGACGGCCGUGUCUUUAGCAAAACAACACGCCGAAAUCAGGGAAAAAAGCCCCAUUCAAAGUGUACCUCCCAACGCAUACUUUACUCUUCCCUCCCAGGGCCCUGUACCUGUGGCAUCAUCAUCAUAUGGAAACCAAACGAAUACCGUCGGCUAUAAGCUACCUCCACUUUCCGAUCCGAAAACCGUGCGCAGUAUUCCUUAUCAGACGAUUCCUCCUCCGCUUCAGUUUGCAAAUCUUCCGCCUUACCUACCACCGCCCUCGACAUUGUUGCAAGACGAAGAGUCUACAAAGUCUUUCGGCCGGGGAAUGCCUCCGGGAUACCAGAAGUUCCGUUUCCCAAAUAACUAUUACCCUCCGGCAAAUCUGCAAUAUGGUCCGGUCUACGGUGCCACAAAUGUAUUUUCUAAUGACCUGAGAAAUUUUCCCGGUAGUAUGCCGCCCAGGGGACCCAUUUUACCUGAAGGUUCUAGCAUAAACAGAAAUCUGCUUCUGCAAGGACAGAUUCCGCCUACGAAUCCAUCUGACGAGAGAAAAUGA